CCGCGAACAAUCUUGCAUGGAGAACUUUGUAUUGGUCCUGAAUCCUGAUAAACAUCAGGAAUGCACUCAUUACAUUUGAGACUGCUGCGGCGUUAAAAUGCUUAAAGCAUGUACUAUUUUUUAAUAAAACCAUAAGUGAACACUUUGAAACCUGUGAGUCCAAUACCCGCUCUCAGACUCCCAUGAAGACACUAUAAUGUAAACGGUAGAAAGUUGAAGUAAAAGUUAAUAGAAAGCUGAUGCAAAUUGGUGUAGAAAAGUGGGUUGAAAACAAAUCGUUAUCAUGGUAAUUGCAUAAAGAAAUAUUGAACACGGGAUAGCUAAAAUUCACCACUGGAUGGCUGAGCAACACGAAUACCAGGAUGCCAGAGACACAGCGUGUGAGCCCUGGGAGUGGAAUUACACCACUGCAACAGAUGCUGGCCUCUGGAACAGGAGCAUUGUUAACAUCUCUGUUUGUCACACCAUUGGAUGUUGUGAAGAUCAGACUUCAGGCUCAGCAGACAUCUUUUUCUAAAGUUGUGAAUGCAGACUCCGUGUCCUGGAGGAGCAUUUUUCAGCAGUCUAAGUGGAAAUGUUUCCUGUACUGUAAUGGACUGAUGGACCACCUGUAUGUGUGUCAGAAUGGGGGAAGUACAUGCACCGCCUGGUACAAAGCACCCACUCACUUCACAGGCACCUUGGAUGCAUUUGUGAAGAUCACUCGUCAUGAAGGUAUCCGGUCUCUGUGGAGUGGGCUUCCCCCAACAUUGGUGAUGGCGGUACCAGCAACUGUGAUAUACUUCACCUGCUAUGACCAGCUGCGAGACUUCCUGCGAUAUGGGAUGGGUUACCAGGGCAGCCACAUCCCUCUCCUUGCUGGAGCUCUAGCAAGGCUGGGUUCAGUGACUGUUAUCAGUCCUCUGGAGUUGGUCCGUACGAAGAUGCAGUCCCGACAGUUGACGUAUCGUGAACUGUGUGUGUGUAUACAGUCUUCAGUGGCUCAGGAUGGCUGGUUGUCCUUGUGGCGGGGGUGGGGUCCAACAAUACUCAGGGAUGUGCCUUUCUCGGCAAUUUACUGGUUUAACUAUGAACUGGUGAAGAAAUGGCUGUGCCAGCAACAGAAGGUACAUGAUGCCACUUUCAUGAUGAACUUCACAGCAGGAGCCAUCUCUGGCAUGGUUGCUGCAGUCCUGACUCUACCAUUCGAUGUUGUGAAGACAAAGCGUCAGAUCCAGCUAGGGGAGAUGGAAGCGAUGAGAGUGAAAAAAGAGAAGAUCUCCUCCUCUACAUGGAUGCUGAUGCGAAAGAUCUUGGCAGAAUCAGGGGCCCGGGGACUGUUUGCAGGGUUUAUGCCUCGCAUCAUCAAAAUUGCCCCUGCUUGUGCCAUCAUGAUCAGCUCAUAUGAGUUUGGAAAGACUUUCUUUCAGAGAGUGAACCAAGAGAGAGAACUGAAAGCACUACAGCACUGAACCUGGCCUGACCUGGACUGAAUGGAGAGGCAGAUAAGCUUGUUGGCUAAUCCAGACAGCUUAAAAUACCAGAAUGUCUUGUAUAGCAGCCUGGUUCUGAAAGUAGAACAUCUACUCAGGAUUUGAGUUAGAUUCACAAAAAUGCACAGCACCUCAACCCCUAGUUGUAAUGAAGGUUUCUGCAAAAAAUGCUUCCAGGAGUAUAAUUCCUGUUUGAGAAAAAAAACAGUGAUGUUAUUGAUAUUUAAAUGAGUUAUCUUUGUAUUAGAGUAGGUAAAUAAUGAGCCUUCACUGUUUUCUGAGAAUGCAAAGAAAUUGCUAGACUUUGAGUUCUUGCGAUUUCUUUCUUCUUUUUUUUUUUUUUUCUUCAGUGCUUUAAGUGGUCAUUCUAAUAGACUAUCCAAUCACAUGAGAAAUUGCACCAACUUUGAAAUAGGCAGAAUGAGGCAACCAUUCAUAGAUAAAGCGAUAGAAAACGUCUUUUUUCCAUGUCUGGAUCUGAAUUAACUUUGUGUUUCUUCUGCUGAAGAUAAACUUACACCAUAGUUUUUAUUGUGAACCUUGCAGUGCCUUACUUGACCACAAAUGUAUGGAUUUUAGCAUCCUUGAAGUAGUUAUGCUUAAUUUCUUUUUCAAUGCAGAUGUUUUACUAUGAAUUUCACACUAGCUGACCCUUUCCAGUAGUAUGCAUCUUUCUUGUCUAAAGGUAGUUUGCCCUGCACCAUAUGCUGGUAUAUUCUGCGAUCAAGCAACAGCUUGUGCAGGUGUGCAAGUGACGCAGUUGAAUCGGAUAUAUGUUCUUAGUUACAGCUGAUUUUCGGCAGAUAAUUAGUCACAUAGUAAGUAACAGUUUUGCUUUUGCUUCCAGUUAAACCCAAGAGUAAGGGGACAUUAAGUUAGUGACGAUGCAGUUAAAAUGGAUGGAAUGACUAGCUGUUCAUUAGAAUUAUUAUCCCUUCCUUUAGAAAUGAGCAUUUCUUUUUCAGAAGUCUUAUUUGAGGCUUGGAACCUUUUUUGUUAAGAAAGGUACUUUACCGCUGUCUCUAUAGGGAACAUUGCAGAAAAUUAGCAUUAAAGUUGCUCUUCAGGAGGGUUUUUUUUGUUUAAUACAGCAUUUUUAUAUCUGUGGAGUUGCUGCAUUGUGAGGAGUGAAUAAGCUAACUCAGAUAUUAUUUAUAUAUGUUUUGUUCAUAGGUUCAUAGAUAGGUACUAGGCUAUCGGCCCUGGGGCCUAUAUAAGCCUAGCCAAAAAGGUUCCCUGGCUUUCGCAAUCAAGGAAAAUUAUUCUCCUGUGUCCCUGUCAAGCAGUGCCACAGAAGUGAACCUAUUUCAUUUUUCACCUAUAUUUUUUAUUUCCUUUCAAUUAGCCACAAUUUCACAGAGAGAGGGGCAGCUUUUACUAUUUGCUAUACAGAAUGUUAGCAUUUAGCACUGAUACUUGAGGAAAAGAAUGCGGAUUUCUGAAUAAAAUGGCAUUAUUAGUCAUAAUUCAGAAAACUGCUUUUCUUUGUGGACUAAUGUUCUUGCAUUCUCUUUGUUUGGUGGUAGGGUGUUGCUACCUACCCCACGCAUUGAAAUCUAAGAUUGCUGCAUUUCAUAGAAAAGAAGAUAAAAAGUCAAAUUUGAAUUAAUUUCAGAGUGACAGGGCAUUUUUCACAGAACAGUCCUUUAUCUUGAUUUUGAUGUUAGCUGUAGUCUUUCUUGCUUGUAGUUAAUUUGGGCAAAACCCAUCUACAUUGAAGGUUCAUGAAGAAAUGUUUACAGUGGACUGUCUUUAGUAAUAAAAAUUUCCAUCUGCUCAUCUGUCUGCCGAGAUGGUAAGGAACAGUUUCCCCUUCUGAGCUUCUCCAUUUAGCAGUGCUUUGUAAACCUGACUUCUUUACCCGUACUGUGCAUUAAGGUAGCCCUACCCAGGAGUAAACUAGCAGCUGAGACAGCAGACAAGUGGAAGUCAUUCCGUACCAAACGCUUCUGUGGUCUACAUCAUUUGAUCCCUCACUAACUUUUGUUACACCAUCACAGCCCUUACCAAAAGUAACUUUUGCUACACUUGAAGGGAUAGACAUUUUCUACCACAGAUGUGAUGAAAAUUUGCAGCUUACCAGAUGCAUAGUUCUCAUUUCUGCUGAAAGAUAUGGGGAAAAGGUGCUGACCAGACACAUAAACUCAAGUGUGAGGACACUGAUAGAAUGGGACUUUUUUCUUAUUCGUUUAGCCAGUGCCACCUUCCAUCAGUGCCAGGAUUCGGGGGCACAGAUCACUGUUCUGCAGUUAGGGGGUGCAAAGAACAGUACAUUGGAAAGGUUAAAGCUGCUUCAUUGUGCUAGAAGUGGUGUUCAGCACUUUCUGUUUGCAGUAAGACAGAACCUUUUUCCCUACAUUUUGCACUGUAAAAUGUCUCCCAAGAGUACCACUGUGUCCGUAGCUGCAAUUUGUCACAUUCUACCACAAAGAACCUUUUUAGUAAGAAGGCCUGCCAUACGAUAACACUUACUGCCCUCCCUGCAGAUUAAAAAGUGCCCCUGAACAUUUAAAAAAAAAAAAAAAAGAAAGCCUGGAUAAGUUUUCCCUAGAGAAAGUUAAUCAUUUGUUUUGUGGUUCAUAGUAGUCAAUCAUCUUGGCAUAUAUUGAUAAGCAAGAUUUCAAUACCCUUUUCCAGGAAAAGGUAAACCAGGGACCAUGAUCAAAAUGUUGAAAAAAAAGAGAACACUUAAGCCCAACUCAACCCUCUUUUUCCUUAAAUAUGAUGCAACUAUGUUUACUAGGUGAAUGAUUAUAGAGCAGGGACAGAUUUUGUUUUAUUUAUUUUUGGAUGCAGUUUUGGCUGAAGUGGGUAUCUUAUCAUUGUGGCAAUAAUUAACAUCCAUCCACCUGUCUUUUAAUGUUAUUUCCUAAAGCUUUAUAGAAAAUCCUAGUUUUCAGGUAUUGUAGGAUUAACCUGGUGAAUUCCAUGUUCUAUAUAACCAUAUUUGUUCAGAAGGGAGGCUUUUCUCUGUGCUACAGAAGACAUUUUGGGUAGAUAGCAUUGCCAUUAUCCUGGCAGAUGGCUCACUGAAUGACACAGUUCAUUCAAUUUUAACCAACAUCAAAGGGUGGGAUUCCAUAGAGUCUUUCUACUCCUGGUUUUUGAGUGAUUAGAGGGGCACAUGCUAUUUUCAUAAGAGCAUUUACAGUUGUCUCUGUUCUCCAUGCACCAGAUGGGCUGCCAGCUUUCUGGGUGCUGGAACAGUGGUCAUGUGUGGUAUGCAUGUCAUUUCUAAAACUGAGAAUGCAGAUUUUUGGGCUAAUGUACUAAUGCAGUCCAUGGAGCUUUGCUUUCAUUAUGUUUGUACACUUAAAGCGAAUCAUCAGGAUGAUCAUGCAGGUUUUUUUCCCUUCUCUCUCUCUUUUUCACCACCUCUGUAUGCAUGUACGUAUUUAUGUGUACAUUUAUAUAAUGUAAUGUAAACAAAAUGUGUAAGUCUGGGCACUUGCACAUAGAACUGUAAUGUAAACAAAGCCAGUGUAUACUGUAUUAGUACACUGAAAUAAAUGUGCAUUGCUGCUGUUACAGUACACGUGCAGAUCACACAUGCACAAUGUUACAUCCCCCUAGAAAGCUGAGCUCAUAUGCUGUAUGAAAAAUGGAGACCAUUACCCCAUUAACUGCUCAAAAAUUGUAGUGUAGGACUUUUUGGAAUCUCAUCUUAAGUAGAUAAAUAAAUGAUCCAAACAUAGUGAACUUUUUUCCCCUUGGUAGGUAAGGAGAGAGUGAGCCUGUGACAUUUUUAAUCACGCCUUAACUAUGUAACGUGAGUUGUGCUCACAACUUAGUAUAACUGGUUAAUGAAUUAAAAUAAAAAUGAUAAAAACUGGACAGCAUAAUAAUAAUAAUAAUAAUUAAAAGUUAUGGCUCUCUGAGCUAGUAAUUGAAUUUUCAUAGAAAAUGACCAGUAGUGAAAAACAGUGAUGGAAAGUAAACUGUGAACAUUGGAGUAAUUAAAAAUAGUCUAAAAGCCUUGCUGACUUCAGAAUUUGGCUAACAGGUGCAUUAUGAAAUUGCACUUCUGUCUGCCAUCCUGUCAUAUCUUCCUGUGCAGACUGGUAAGUCAAAGAUUUUGUAGUGUUAGAGUUGAUUAUGGUGCUAUUAAAUAAGAAUGAAUAAACUGCAAAGGAUUUAAUUUAUUUAAUUUUUUCAGGGGUCUAUUUUUAAGCUGUCUGGAUUAUGCCAUAUACAUACUCUUGCUUGAGAUAGUAAGCAGUGAUUCCUGUGAUGUCUCUCACUGGUCUUUUCUCAUUCAAAGAAGGAUUUUGCUUAUCUGGCCUUCUCCACUGCCUCUCGAUGGAGUGAAAAUGUACUCGGGCCAUGACAUGGGCAUUACACAUCUUCUUUCACUUGCGUUGUCUUACUGGUCAAACCACUACUUCAUUGUAGAUGCGUGCAUCAUCCUGCUUUUGCUCAGCAUCGUUUGGAACACUGUGUUUGCUUCAUCAAUUGAUCAAGCAGGAAAAAUAGAAGACCAUGUUUCAUUUCUGACUUCUGAUCAAACAAGCAUGUGCCAGUUUUUUUGUUUCCCUUGUUUGUAUGGAGCAGUACAUCUAAGGGUGGUGUUUGGGAGGAACUGCUGAUGUGCAGAACUGAUUCCCUUGCCACAUUAAAGGAGCUGGUAGCACGAUGGUGUAUAGUUGUGUGAAACAGGCUUGGGAGAGAUGAUGCAAGCACUUAAGAUUUUUCUUCCCCAUCUGGACAAAUGGGUGUUGUCAUAGACUUAAACUGCAGAGCACAGUGGUCAUUAAAUUGUAUGGACAGGUGACCACUGGUGGACUCUAAUACAUCUCUCUCUGUCUUUUUUGAGCUGUUGGUGAACUCUGUAUGGAACAGACAAACGUGUCAUGAACAGGACAAUGUCUCUAACCAGGCACUGUGCCCAGCAUUUGAAGUUUGGCUGCAAGGGAAGUUUUGUGUUACAUGUAAUUUCAUAAUCGUGCAACCAGUGAAGUAAUUUCUCAUGGACACUGCACUUGAGUUAAUGUUUUUUUCUGCACACUACAUUGCCUGUGUAGUAACAUCUCACUGAAAGCUGUUUACCUUGUAAUAGAUAUUUUGUCUGUUUCAUUAUGCCCCAGUUUUUGAAACUGGGUGUAUUUAAGCUAGUGAUAUAUUGCACUGUAAACAGUGGAACAUUAAAUUGUUUUCUAAGUGA